CAGGCCCAGACUAGUCACAAAUCACAGCAGUCGGUAAACGCACGCGAUCUUCGAAAUGCAGCAACCAAGCUCGGAUUACCGGAUCACCGUCUUGCUGCUGGGCCUAGUCUGCUUCCUCGGUCUGGGCGAAGCAGCCAGCAGACAGCUGCAGAUAUACGACUUGGAUAUGGAUAAUGAAGUGUCAGGAAACAGCACCGAAGGCCAGUACAAUCCCAGUUCUGGGCUGACGAUGGAGAGACCUCUGAGCUGGCUGCGGCACGUCCAGAGUAUGUUUGGCAGCCCCGCCGGUCAUGUGGUCAUGCAGAUGGCCAAGGAGCUUCUCCACCGCUCGGCGGGCAACAGUCAAGUUCUCAGCCUGAACCUCACCAAUUUGCUCAUCAUCAUACUGCUGAAGGUGCUCAUCUUUUCUGCUGGCAUCCUCGGAGCAGGACAUUGGAGUGGCUAUGGCCAUGGCUAUGGUCGUUCCACCGGACGCAGUGACAAUGCCUUUGGCUUGGGCCUGGAAUCGGGUGAUGACUACAUGAUAAUGGGCUUCCUGGCCGCCCAGGGAGCCGGUCGCGACGAGUGUCUCUAUGCGGCGGCCUGCGCCUGCCCCAAUGCCGCCUAUGAGUAUGCCAAGGCGGGACGCGCCCUUCUGGGGGCCAUCGAAGUGUUCGAAGGGGCACCCUCAGGGAAGCCCCGCUACAACGAUCUCAUUGUGCUGAUGGAACGCGCCGCCUACGAUGGCUAUCGAGGAGUGGCCUGCAACACCACCCAAACCUGUGACGGGCUCCUCUGAGAUCCAACUCGAUCCUAACUAUGUAUUUAUGUUUAUCUUUAAAUGUAUUUUAUUAUGUUGCAGUACAAAUGAAGUGCAGGUUAGUGCAUUGCCUGGCCGGGACCGAGUUUGGCUGGUGGCUUGUGGUGUACAGUCUCAAAAGGUUCAGCUUGGAAAUCAGAAAUUAGUUGCUAAAUAUAUAUGUAUUUGACUAGUCUACAA